CGCGCUCUCCAGCUACAACGAGUCGGAAUUUAUCUCGAGCGAGCACCACCUUCACUUCUUUCUUCUUUUAUGGGCUUGCUGGGUAAUGUCAUCGUCAGCAUGUUGGGAUGGCUUUUCUCUGAAGCCAUGAACGAGACUUCGCAGGGAAGCUGCGACACCUACAAUGUCCGACCUGAAUGACCUUGUCGGGCAGCCCAUCUCGAGGGACACAUCUUUCAAUUGGACAUGGUUCAUUGAAAUAGUGACCUGCGCCUGUCUUGCGCUAUUCUUUCUCUUUUACUUCAACCGCCUAUUCGCAACUCUCGUUUCCUACGGUGUACGGGCGUGGACGUGGCACAAGUACCGGGUAUGGAUCGAUAUACAGGCACUACAGCUGUCUUUCCUGGCUGGAAGGAUCUUCUUCAAGGGCAUACGGUAUCACGGUGAGAACGAGACGGUCUUGAUUCAAAAUGGCCACAUUACUUGGAGGUACUGGCAGCGGACAUCACGACAAGUCGAUCUUACUACGAUUGAUUCGGACAACGAGGAUGGCCUGAAAGAGAAACUGGAUGCGAAUCUAGAUGACUCGGAAAGGUCCGAGUCACCAACAGCAGAUCAAGAACUGGGACGGGCAAAGAAAGCCGACACCUCAGACGCUCGAAUUGCCAUCAAUGUGACUGGCCUGGAAUGGUUUGUCUACAACCGAACACCUGUCUACGAUGCUAUGAUCAAUGAUGCUGUCAAGAUCGAUUCAAAAAAUGAAGAGUGCAAAGUGUACGCUAGCGGACACAAGCCAGACCUGCCUCAUGAAGACCUUUCCUGUCGCAAAGAUGCUAAGAGACAACAACAUCAGGCCGAAUCCGCCAGCGACCUCUCUAGCGACGACUUCACAGAGAAGGCCGACCGUGUUCUUACCGGGGAUGAGGCUGCUGUCCCUAUCAACCGGAUCAACACGAGUACCAGUGUCACCUCAGAUGCGCACUUGCCUGCAACUCACGUUUCCUCCUUCUACUCCUUCAUCCUGCGCUUUCUGCCCAUCGGUGUCGAAGUCUCGAAGGGUGCUAUUAUUCUGGGAAACGAGACGACAAGGGCAAUCGUCGUCUCGACGUUCACAGCAGCAGAAGGUCACAUUGAUGCAGCUGCCGCCGGACCAUCAGACAUAUUUCGGCAAGUCUUCGACUUCGACAUCGAACAGCCGAAAGUCGAAAUGAGACCUAACCCCGACUUUCGAGCGUCGCAGCUUACAACUGCCGAAAGGAUUAUCCUAGCAGCGGAAUCGGAAGCUCGUCGCCGGCGAUGGUGGCAGCUUAACCUUCGCCUAGGCCACCGGAUUGGCAGGGCUACUCGUCGCUUGAGGCGGCUUCUUCCAGGUCUUCGGAGCUCUAGAGGAUCAUUGAAGACUACUGCCUCUCAAGAUGACCAGAAGGAAAGGCACUAUCUGUAUGAAGGGUUUCCGGAAGACGACAGAUCAUGGCACGGUCUUGGCCGCUACAUGGACGAAGACGAACGAGAUGACCACGAAGGAUGGUCUCAAGUGGACUAUGCGAGGUUUUCCCAAAUUCUGGACUGCCCUAAAGUCCAUUUGAACUUCUAUUGGGAUCUCCCAGGUCAGGUGACUGAGGAACAUGCUGACUCGCCCGAGAAGUGGAGGUUUGGAGACAUCAACUUGUCGACGCCCCCAGCCUAUGGUCUCGACUUGACUGUGCAAGGAGGAAUUGUCAACUACGGUCCAUGGGCAGAUCGCCUGCGCCUCGAACUCCAAGCAGCAUUUUUCCCGAACCCUUACCGAACACCCUCUCCCGCUGCUGCACUUCAGGCCGGACAAGCACGGCAAAACACAGUGAUGACAAUUCGUGUUGAUAUAGACGAUGAGGUCAGCCUUCGCGUCCCCACCAGAGAACGUUCGAAGGACUGGCAAUGGAGAGGCCGAGCACAUGUAGUGCGAGAAGCAGCUGCUAUCCGGAAACAACGGGAAAGGAGACAUUUUCGCUUUCGAAGGUCUCAAAAACCCAACCUUGGACCUGAAGUCCGGCCUUUUGGAUGGCUCACCGUCUCUGCCGGAAAGGACUCAACGGUACGGUAUGAGAUGGAUAUGGUUGCCAAUGAGGUGGGAUACCGAAAUCAGUUGAGGCUCGACCUCAAGGAUACAAAAGCAACGUCAAGUGUCAAUCACGCUCUUUUGUGGCGUUGCCGAUCGCAGAAGGUCUCCUGUGACAUAUCCAAUCCGCUCGUGUGGAAUAGUCUGCAUACAUGGACCUUUGACAUCGAGAAUAACGCCAUGGAAAUGUUCCUGUUGAGAGACCACAUGUUCCUCCUAACAGAUCUCAUCAGCGAUUUCACCGAAGGCCAGAAGCCUGAUUACAUGACCUUUGUGCCUUUCCUCUAUCAACUCCAUCUGACGUUUCCAGUCCUAAAGCUCUAUCUCAAUGCAAAUGAUUACAAUAUCAUUGACAGUCCGUGCGACUUGGAAGAGAAUGCUUUUUUGAUCCUUGGGUUUCAGCAGCUGGAUGGCAAUGUCGAUAUUCCAAUGCAGGAUUUCGCACCGCGCCAAAGCAGCGUGAAAUUCCUAGCUGAAGGCCACAACGCGUUUCUGGAUCUCAACACACCAGCAUGGAAUACCUUACAUACACUCGCCGAAGACAAGAAUAUGGCCACUCUCAAACGUCUUGAUCUUGAAGGUUCUUAUAACUACUAUCCAACUGUGUCGCCAAAAUUGACCGACUCGCUUUUUAUGACGAUUACCGGAUAUGCUCCGAAAUUCUACCUGCAUGGCUACUUGAUCCGCUACUUCAUGAACGUCAAGGAGAACUAUUUCGGAGAAGACCUCCACUUCAGGACUCUGGAGGAGUACCAAGAUAUACUUGCAGGCAACCAAGUCAGGACACCACGUCCAACGGCAAAAAGAGAAAACGAUCUGGACGUCAUCUUGACUGUACGAGCAGACAGUUCAUCCGUCCUCCUUCCUGCCAACAUUUACUCCCGAAGGGAGAAUCUUCGAGUAGAUGUGCUUCUCGUUGAAGCAGACAUGCGUUUUACGAAUUAUUACAUGGAUCUGCAGGUUAGUUCAAGUCCACUCGAAGCUUCAAUUGAAACGAUAGCCAAAACCGAAACUGGCUUUUCGGAGGAUAUCACCAAUUGUCAAUUGUUCAUAGACGGUGCUGAAAUAUAUGGUCAUCGACUUUUCGGAGCACCUCCGACAGAACCAACCUAUGUGUGCAAUUGGGAUAUAGACAUUGGUGAAGCAACAGGCGAAGUCAGUACGAAAUUCGUCCAGACUCUCAUCAACUCUAUCAUGACUUUCACCUACACCCUGGACGAUUACGAAAACUCCCUACCUGAAUUACUCACGACAAAAGUCUACGAUGUGACCUUUUUGAGAGCCACGGUCGCGGGUUUACGGCUUUGGCUUGUCGGUGGCGGAGCAGCAUUUCUGCUGGAGCUCUCCACAGUAGAAGUGUCCCUUUCUGACUGGGCCAACUCUAGCUUCUUCAAGACGGUGCAAGCAAGCGUACCACGGAUCCUCGUCGCAGCUGUAGACCAUAAGAGCGCUUUACGACACCGCGGCAAAGGAUCGGCUACGGUGGAAACACUUGCUUGUCUCGAGACUGCUCUUCGAGUUGGGUCUCUAGACAAGAGCGACAACCUCUCCCAGACACGCGCCUUACAACAACAGCACAUUAGGUAUCAUGAUCAAAGAAGUCACCGAACGCAGUGGCUUCUGGGAGCUCAGAAACAAUACCCGCCCAACCACAAGCCUCCUGAAUGGGCUCGUGAACCCCCUGCAAUGCCUUUGCCGGCAAUGCCUGAGCCCAUUGCCAGCACUGGGGAGGGAACUUUAGCGCAGACAGCGGAUCGUCCUCUACGGGGACGUGCUGUUGGUCGCACGAGCUCGUUCCUCUCAACAGCGUCAUCAGUACCAACAAGGCCAGCUCCUAGACAAACUGACCUGGCCAAGAGGUCAAGCCGCAAUCCUCAGAGCCGUUCGACGUUGCUGGGGCCCUACGAAGGAUCUAAAGAGCAAUCCCCUGCUUCAGCGAAGCGCUUCCCCUCCCAGGAACAGGACCUCAAUCCAGCAUUGGUAACUUUCGCCAGCCCUUGGUCGCCUCCACAUUUCACGCUGCAGAAUGUUCGGCCUGAUACGAAGAAUAUGCCGCCUAUAACAAAGUCAGAGCUUACUGAAGCAGCCUCAUUAAUGCAGUUCACUACCAACGAGCCUGGCCCCCGGAUGGAAGACUUCGAGAACACACCUCACAACGGCGUUGUCUGCAUGAUUGAAAAUGGUCUGACUGGUUUCUGUACCCCAACUUUGUUCCUUUGCAUUGGUGGUCUGAUUCAAGAACUGAAUAACGACCAUGCUGUGGACCAGUUGGACAAAGUCCAGAUUACCUUGACAAAGAAGAUUUUGGAGAAUCAAAGGCACGACGACAAGGGCCAUGCCAUGGAUUUCGCAGUCCAAGUGCCAUUUGCGCACAUAAAGCUCGUCAAUAGCCUACAAAGUGGAAUGCAGACGCAGGCUUCGUCGCAUGAUCAAUAUGAUGUGAAAAUCCUCGGCACUCAGGCCAUGUACCGCUCAUUGCAUCCGCAAUCUGACUCUAGGCGCAGCGGCACUCCUUCACCCAGUCACUUGGCCUAUGGAUCCAUCGAAAAGCUGACCGUGUCUGCCAGAGACGACGCAUUCGCAGUUAAGCCAGCAACGCAGGCGGAAGUUUCUCUGUCAAACUUGGGUGCCUGGUUUUACCUGAAGGAGGAAAUCACUUCGAAACUGCAGCUGGGUAAUUUUGAUGUCGUCCUCUGGGCGGAACAAUUGGUCGACAUGGCUGGACUCAUACAGAGGACUGUCUCAAUGAUUGAUCGCAUCGCAGCUGCAUUCACGGGCUUGGAUCAGAGUCACAAGUCAAGGCACCUGAUAUAUCAUCUCACCCAAGCAGGGUCUUCAAUCUCCGAGCCCAUCUUCUUGACCAGACCUUCGUAUGUCCUCCGCAGCGCCGACAAACACGUGCGUCUUACGGAUUCCUGGAAGAUUAUGUCUCGUCUGAGGCACAUAUUUUCGACUCUGGAAAAGAAGAAAGGCUCGGACUUCGUAAACAGCUGCGAGUGUGAAGGGCUCGAGCUAAAGGGGCCAGCGCUGAAAAGGGUCCUGACGUCCUUUGAGCAGUGGCGAGGCUGGGACUACCGACGGGACACGGUCCCUAUCAUGACUACCCUAUUCGAAGGUCAACGUCCCGGCACCUCAGAAAAGCGACCAAGCAGACUUGCUUCUCAAGCUGAAAUUAUAAUCGGCAAGUCAGACAUCAUCUUGGAUCCUGGUCCGCGGCAGAGCGACUUCACCCUCGUGGGCCUGGAUUUCAACGUCGCUGUACGUCCUGCAACAGCUUCAUCAGGCAUCGACAGCAUCAAUGAGAGGGUUAUACUCCAAGCCUACCUUGCAGAUGCCUCUCUACAUCUCAACUGGGCGCUGGUACAGCUAGCUCGACAGAUUAUAGAGCUUGGUAAUCCCCUUGCUAUGCUGCCUACCAGGACAGGCUCGAAUAACAAGGUCGACAUUGAUCGGACUGCCGUAAGGAGACAGUUCAGUGUUGUAGUAGGAUCUGAUGCGGCAGCAAUCUACCUUACAACAGUGAAUCUCAAACUCAAGUGGGCAGCUGAAAGCUUCCGAAGUGCUGUCUCCUUCGACUCGGGCGGGUCCCUUCCUGCCAUUCACUCUUGGACAAUCGCAGCUAACACUGCCAUGGCCAAGUUCAAGGGGCAUUCUCAUACUCUGCUUACAUGGAGACUACGAUCACCCAAGCUCUACGGAUCGGUAUGGCCACAGUCAUCUGAGGAGUCUCAAGCUCCUACACAGGUUAUCCAUAUCUGCGCUGCUUCACGCAGGUAUCGCUUCCAGAUGAGGGAGGACGUUGUCAAGCUACUGACUGUGGUAGACAGCGUUGUUCGGGACGAAGUUUCUGCAAUCUAUAAAUUGAUCGAGCUAAUCCCAAAGAACCCCAGCAACGAAGUAAAGAAAGUGCCCCGGCCUUUGAAUACUUCUAUCCAACUUCGCACCGCUUUGUUCAUGGACAACUAUCGAUUGAGUUUUGCGGUCGUCCCAUCUCUGCAUUACACAAUAGCGGGAAAUGUCGCCAGAACAUCCAUCGUGCCGCGGAAAGAUGGCGGUCUCGAUGUCAACUUCGACAUCAAAGAGCACGAGCACUUAUUUGAAGCACCUCAAGACGAGAGCAUGGAAACAUCUUCUAUUCUCAAAAUGCCUCCCGUCAAUGGCCGAGUCUCGAUUGCCCAGACUGCGAGCGUCAUCUCGAUCGGUGCUCGCGUUACCACCGAGCAAAUCAACCUUGAAGCUGCCGGCAUACGAGCUUGCUUCGAAGCAUUGAAUCGACCCGGUGUGGUCCAGCUGAUCUUGGAUGCUAGGCAAACCGUGGAAGACGUGCAGAACUCGGUCAAAAAUAUUUCAGGCAGCAGGGUCAAGCCUGAAAAAGCGGCGUCCCCCGAAACAACCCUAUCACUUCGAUAUGCUGUGCAUGGAACGCUUGCCGGCAUCAAGGUACAUAUGAGGGCUCCGACAUUCCGUGAAGACCAGACCUACCAGGCCGACAUGGAGCUCAAGCUUGAAGCGACUUCAUUGUUUGUUCACAAUGAAACGGAGAACCCCGAUACAAUCCACGAGCAACCACAAUUCAUCCUGAAUUCCCAAGGAGUAGGACUUGGCAUCUACCGGGCAACGAAGUACGGCAAGACCAAUGUCGGAAAGUGCACUAUCGGGCUUAAGGCAUCAGGGAAAACAGAGACCGAUGGUAGGCUUGGUAAAGUUCAUAUGUACAGGGCUUGGAGCGACGCGAUUGCAGUUGAGCUCUACGAGGAUACCGCUACCCUAGCAGUGGACAUUGCAGCAUUCAUACAAGACAGGAUCAAGUCCAUCAAACUCGCCGAGAAUCCGGAGAGCAUUCGUCGGCUUCGAAGGAUGACAACUGCUGGCAUCGCCGACCGCCUGAAACCGAAGGAACAAAUAGAAGCAGCACUGGAAGCUGUAUCGACUCACGAGUCGUCCUCAUCAGCGCUCUAUGGCUCUACCUAUGCUGUGGACGUCGAUAACAUCCAUAUUCGCUGGAAUUUGACGAGAAGUUCCAUUUUGUCGCCUACACGUGAACUGCAGGAUCUGGUCUUUUCUAUUCGGAAGGUGGACCUCCAGACACGACAAGAAGGUACUGCUCGGCUUUCAAUUUUGGACACACAAUUACAGAUUGUCCCUCAGUCUCAGGCCGCCAAUCCCACGCAACGCACAGCCAACUCGGCUCUCCUUCCAGAAGUCGUCUUCGGAAGCGCCUAUCUCUCAACUAAGCGUGACCGCCGUUUUGCGUUUCAGGCCAAAGGCAAGGCAGUGGACAUCCGACUUGCCACUGACUUUGCAGUUCCGGCACAUGCUUUGCAAAAGUCGCUUGCACACGCAAGUGAGGAGCUACGCAACGCAAAGAACAUCUAUGAGACGAGCCCUCAAGCUGUACAGCCUGGGAAGGUCGACUUCUUGGGAGGAAAACGCCUAGCCUCUCUGCUUGUUGAUGCAGACUUUGCUGGUGCUGUGGUGCAUAUCACUCCGUGGACGGAGGUUCGACCCCAAAGCUCAGCAUUCAGCUUCCUUAAGGGCGGAAAACGAUCCCGGGCUGGUCGAUACGGGCAAGCCGUGCAGGGUGACAAUGCGGCCACAGUGAGACUCCAGUCGCCCGGCGUUGCUCUCAAAGUUGAGUAUAAGGAUACCGGCUCUGAUGAUCCCUAUCUCAGCACCGAGAUCAAAGUGGCCGCCUCUUCAAAUACUCUCUAUCCCACCGUUGUUCCCUUGAUCUUGGAAAUUUCGUCCAGCAUCAAGGAAAUAAUGGGUGACGAGAGGGCCGAGGAUACAGAGACCAAAACAGGCGGAGACGCAAGCACUUAUCUAUCCGAGGAGACCAUCAAUAAUGCGAACCCUACGGCUAUUCUGGGUCGCUGCAAAUUGAAUGCAGGCCUGUAUAUUCAGCGACAAGAGUUCAGUCUCAGUUGCCAACCAAUAGCACGAGUUGCUGCUACAGCCAGAUUUGCGGAUAUUUUGGUUCGGAUCAAUACAGUGUCAGCACCCGAUCAGGAACGUUUCUUUGCCAUAGUGACGACUUUCAACAAACUCGAGGCUUCCGUUCAGCAUGUCUAUUCAAGAGAAUCCACUGCUAAUUUUGAAGUCGACUCAAUCGUCCUCUCUUUGAUGAACAGUAAGCACGUCAGCGCCAACACCGGCAUUUCGGCAGUGCUCAAUGUCAGUCCGAUGAAGAUGGACAUCAACGCAAAGCAACUGCAGGAUUUCCUCUUGUUCCGGGAGAUAUGGUAUCCCGCCGAACUUCGGGGUAGCUCCAAGCCUAGUGCGCCUGUGGGGACGGCGCAAGAUCAGCAUGCAUAUGCAAUGCAGCGAUAUCAGGAACUCUCCGCAAGAGGUACCUUGCCAUGGCACGCCAUCUUAUCCAUGGAGGAAAUAAAACUUGCUGUUGAUUUCGGACAAGGCCUGGGCAAGUCAGUGUUCAUCGUAUCAAAACUGUGGGCCUCGUCAAAGAAAAACAAUGAUUCCGAACAGAACCUUUGCAUAGGUUUCGACAGAAUUGGUGUUGAUGCUACCGGAAGAAUGAGCGGCUUCGUGGAGUUGGACAAUAUGCGGCUUCGUACUUCGAUUCGCUGGCCGGAAGAUUCAUCAAGAAAAGCGCGAGCGCCGCUUGUGCAAGCAUCUAUCGGGUUCGAGCACUUCCGGGUCAAAGCUGCAUUCGAUUAUCAACCAUUUGCUGUUGCAGAUAUCUCGUUCUUCGAAUUCCUGAUGUACAAUGUACGUCAGGGUCAACAAUGGGAUAGUGAUCGUUUGGUUGGUAUUGUCGAUGGUGGUAAAGUGCAAGUUUUCGUGACCACCGGAACAGCAGCACAAGGGCUUGCCCUUGUCCAGGCAUUUGAGCGGUUGGCGCAAGAGAAGCAGGAAGCAUAUGAGACGUCGUUACACGAUUUGGACAAAUUCCUCCGCCGGAAAUCAGUCUUCCCAUCUAGCAGUUGGGUAGCACCUGCUCCUGACCCGGAGUUCAAAGAAAAGGCGCUCUCGAAGCGGACAUUCGCUCUGCAUACAGAUGUCGUGGUGACGCUGAAUGAAGUUGAUAUUGGAGCCUUCCCGAAUACUUUCUUCGACAACCAACUUCUGAAGAUUGACGCGACUGAAGUCCAGGCAAGAUUCGCUGUGGCAACGACUGAAGGCAAAACCCAUAGCGGAUUGGGAAUGACUCUUGGUCAACUGGGAGUGGCGCUGUCAAAUGUCAACCGCACAACCACCAAGGCAUUGAGCGAGGUGUCGGUGCCGGAUGUUAUCGAUCGCGCUACAUCGUCUCGAGGAGGUACUAUCGUGAAGGUGCCACGACUCGUCUCUUCGAUGGAGACAUGGCAAGUCCCGGACUCCAAUAUCAUCGAAUACAUCUUUCGCAGCACAUUCGAAGGCAAAGUCGAUGUGGGCUGGAACUAUGCACGAAUCAGCUUCAUCAGAAGUAUGUGGCAGUCACAUUCGAGGGCGCUGGCUCAGCGACUCGGAAAGCCACUUGCGCCCUCAGCUAUCAAAGUCACGGCGGAGCCCCAGGGUAAUGAAGAAGGCGGACAGGAGAAGAUCACGGCCGUGGUGAACGUGCCUCAAUCACGAUUCACGUAUGUCGCACUCGAACCUCCAGUGAUUGAUACGCCGCAGCUCAGGGAUAUGGGUGAGGCGACACCGCCGUUGGAGUGGAUUGGGUUGCACCGAGAUAAAUUGCCGGAGGCGACGCACAGUAUUGCAAUUGUGAGUCUAUUGGAGGUUGCAAGGGAGGUGGAGGAUGCGUAUGCGAGAAUUCUGGGAGCUAGUUGAGGAUGGUCUGUUCAUUCUGUUCAUGGUUGUUGCAUAGCGCUGGCGUAUUGCGACAAUGCGAAAACAGGAAAUAGGAGGUACCUACCUACUUGAUUUCGAUAUUGGUGAUGGUACUUAUGACUGUUUCUCAACGGCUAUUUGGAUGACUCUGACCUCGAGAUGACUUGUGGACGAGGUAUGAGAAGGACUCCGGCAGCUGAUGACUCGGAGUUAAGCAGCUUUCAUACCAGGCUAAGGAUAGUCUAAUCCUGUUACAGACUAGUUCCUCUGAAUAUGACU